AUGCUCAUGAUAUUCCUCAACCACACAGCAGUAACAGAGUUCAUCCUGCAGGGAUUCUCAGAGCAUCCCGAAUACCACAUCUUCUUGUUCUGCUGUUUCCUGUCCCUCUACUGUGUGGCCCUCACAGGCAAUGUCCUCAUCAUCAUGGCCAUCAGCUUCAACCCUGGCCUCCACACUCCCAUGUACUUCUUCCUGUUCAAUUUGGCCACGAUGGACAUCAUCUGCACCUCAGCCAUCAUGCCCAAGACAUUGGAAGGGCUGAUGAUAGAGAAGAGCUCCAUCUCCUUUGGAGGCUGCAUGGCCCAGCUUUAUUUUCUUACAUGGGCUUUAUCUUCAGAGCUGCUGCUGCUCACGGUCAUGGCCUAUGACCGCUAUGCAGCCAUCUGCCACCCCCUGCAUUACAGCACCAUGAUGAGCAAGGCCUUCUGUAGUGUGCUUGCUACAGGAGUGUGGGUGAUCUGUGCCUUUAACUCAGCCAUCAACACAGGACUAACAGUGCGAUUGAACUUCUGUGGUCCCAAUGUCAUUACCCAUUUCUUCUGUGAAAUCCCUCCUCUGCUCCGUCUCUCCUGUAGCUCCACUUAUGUGAACAAUGUCAUGACCACACUGGCCGAUGCUUUCUAUGGUGGGUUUGACUUCCUGAUGAUCAUUGUGUCCUAUGGCUUCAUCAUCUCCAGCAUCCUGAAGAUGCGAUCUUCAGAGGGGAAGCAGAAAGCCUUCUCCACCUGUUCCUCCCAUCUCAUUGUGGUGUGCAUGUAUUGCACAGCAGUGUUCUAUGCCUACAUAAGUCCCAUGUCCGGCUACAGUGCAGCAAAAAGCAAGUUAGUUGGAGUGCUGUACUCCAUGGUGAGUCCCACCCUCAACCCCCUCAUCUACACUUUGAGGAACAAGGAGGUCAAAGCAGCCCUCAGGAAGGUUUUUCUCUUCUUCAGAAAUUAA